AAGACAUCACAGCAAGAAUCAGUCUGUCGGAGAAUCAGUCGGUGUUAUGAAUCUAACGCUCAGUAGCGUGUUAUGAAGUCCAAUGUUCUGGCUGACUUUAAUCCCGGUCCUGCUGCACCUCACCCGGGGAAACAGUCCAUGCUUUGGCCGUUCUCUGGGGAUCAGCCCAUCCAGGACUCAGUUCUUCAAACGGGAGAGUUUCACGUUAUGCUGCGGAGCUGAUGAGCAUAUAAUGACUGACUCUAAAUCAGCUUGCUCUCAGAAGAGCCAUGAAUGUAAUAUUACACUGGCAGGAAUACAUCACAAGGGUUCUUACUGGUGUGACCGCUCUGGAGAACGAGGGGAAGCGGUCAACAUCACAGUGACUGAAGGGUCUGUGAUCCUAGGGAGUCCUGUCCACCCUGUACCAGAAGGAACUUCUGUUACACUUCGCUGCCUGACGUCCCUAAAGUCCAGUAAACAGUUGGUUGUUGUGACCCCAAUAAACCAGUCCUGUACCUUCUCCAAAGAUGGGCGGCUCAUUGGGGUCGGUUUGACGGGAGAGAUGAGUUUUGCUGCUGUCAACAGAUCUUAUGAAGGCCUCUACAAGUGUACCUUCUCUGAUGCCGAGUCUCCAGGGAGCUGGCUGGCUGUCAGAGCAACCUCCUCUCCCGAAUCCCUCCCUCCCACAUCCUUCCCCCCCUCCCAUCACCAUCGUUUCCUCUAUGCUGUUCGGGCCGUCCUCUUAUUGGUUCUUCUCGGGGUAUUUGGCGGAUGCUGCUGGAGGACACACAAAGAACCUGAAGAAGCUGCCUCAGAGGAUGUGACUGAUGGGGAUGUAAUGUUAAACAGAACAGAACAGAAGAAAGAUCCGGAAACAAAUACACACAAAGUUUAGAGCAUGUUUUCAUCACUGUUUACAGCACAAUGUAAUCAGGGUAUGAAAUGUUAAUGUAGGUGAUUCUGCAGUGCUUAACAUUUUCAAAACUAGCAGGCCACAGUGGUCUGUGCUCAAUCUUCCCCUUUUGUCCUAUCAUUUUUACACAUUGUGAUCAUCAAUUGUCAAGCGUGUUAUGUGAGGAGGAUCAAUUUAUUUUUAAACAGCGCUAGAUAAGUCAGACCGCGAGACUACCUGCAUGUCAGGACAAAGUCUGUGACCUCAGCCCAUCAGAACACCACUUCCAUCUCUGCAGUUUUCUGAGGUUACAUAAAAAACUGUCAAAUUAAGUCUAAAGCGAGGCAAUAUAUAUCUAUUCAAAAAGGAGGGGAACGUUCUAAAAUCUGUCUAUUAAUGGUUUGUUUAUUUGUAGCUUAAAAAAUUCUACAUUACACAUGCCUUGUGUUUGAUUAUGUUGCUGUUUGCUAUUUGCCCGUGGUUACUACUGCUGGAGGCAUGAGAUGAACAUAUAAUGCUGUCAUGAGAAAUAGAGAUAAGAGAUGUAUCUAAUUUAGUGUGUCUUAGCUAUUCUUCUGGAACUGUGAAAUGAAGAAGACAUUUUGUCAGAUGCCGGUUGCUUACUAUCACCAA